CGCCAUGAACGGCUCUGCUAACGGUGAGGUCCCCCCCACCAUCUCUCCCACACCUCCGAAAGAGCCCCGCCCCUCCAGCGGUGGCCGGCGUCUGCACACCAGAGGAGCAACCAUCGCUUCUCCCAAGGUCCAGGACAUCACAGAUCUGAUCGAGUCCGGCUUCAGAGAUAUCCCCCAGAUUGUCCAGCUUGUGCGACAGAAGCCUGGUAUUGGCUUCCUGUACAUGACCCCGGCUGUGGCACACUCAUCCAUCGAGUACAACCCCUACAACCUCAAGAUUGUGAGCCACGAGAACAUCGACAGAAACGACUACUCCACGAUCAGUCAGAAGGGCGUGACACACGUCCAGGGUGGGGAGGCAGAGUUUACAGACCUGGACCGGUGGGAACAGGAGCACGGCUACUACCAACAACUCAUCAAGAUCCCCGUCUUCUAUCUGUUCCGCAAGUGGAAGGCCUUCACCACGUGGAGGAAGAACGUGAGGCACAAGAAGAUCAUGCAGUGUCGCAAGAGGCUGAACGAAAACCUCUUCAUCGUCAAUGCGUCAUUGCGCCCAGCAUUGCUGAAUGUGCGAGAGAUGUGCUACAGGAUCAGUGACAUGGGGCUGUGUAAGGUGGAGAAGGGACGUACCUACACACUGGAGGACUUCCGCCAGGCACAGAUCACACAACUGAACGAGGUUGCUGGUCGGUUGUCAGAGUUCCGAGAUCUGGUGAAGGAAGUUGUCCGCAGUGCAUGUCGAACGGCUCUGCUGGAAGCCGGCUUCACGCCUGACGACUACUUCUACGACACCGACACUCCGGGGGGAUACCCAGAGGAUGGUGCCCUGGCCCCAGGGACAGCCAUGUCCAGCAUGUUGCUACAGAGUGACAUGGAUAUCUAUGGUGAUGCCCCAGACAAGAUGACUUAUACAGAACAGGCCAACAAGAGAAGUCACUGCAGACGGCUGACCUGUUUUAUCCGGUUGGCUGACUACCUGGUGGUGAACACCAUGCACGUUCUGGCGGUGAACUCUGUCUCCACACUGCUGAACUACCUAACAGAGCAGCUGCAGAACACACCCACCCAGGCCAUCAUACAGGGCUGGGUCGACGACAUCAGACAAGAACCACGGGACGAGGAAGAGGAUGAGGUGGAGAUCGACAAGAAGACUGAGACUCAGACAGUAGUGAGUGGAGUCCUGGGUGAGGAGACAGAGGCAGUCCUGCCUCCUCUGUUUGUGACAGAGUUCCAGCUCAACACAACUCACAUCGACUUCCAGCCUGACCUCAGCGACUUCCAGGAGGGACAAGGAGAGGUGAUUCGGAGGUUCCAGGAUGCAGUGUUGUCUGUUGCCAACCUUGUACCAGACCCAUACUUUGAUGCCUUCACCAGGCCCAUCAUAAACAACAAGUUUGAGGAGAAGACUUGUGGGGAGGGGCCAAGUCUGGCCACCAUGUUUGAGGAUGACAAACACUUACAGGGCAUCAUCCACAACAUCAGGGAAUCGGUCAGUGCAGCGUUCGCCGCGGCCAGUCAGUACGCCGAGGCCCUGGAGCCAUUCCGACUGUUCUUCCAGGAGAACGAAGCACUAGACCUCACAGCCAUCAAAGAACAAGACCAUGAUGUGGCGUUCUUUGCGGAGUCGCUACAGCGCUACCACCGCCAACACCGAGAGGCAGUGGCCAUUGCAGUACAACAGGCCCUGGGUAUGCUGAUGGUGGACGCCAAGAAACUCAAGAGCGACCUGAUUCCAUCCCCACUACGCUGUCUGGAUGUUAUCAAUGAGCUGCUGCCAGUGUUGUCUAAGAAGAAGAUGGAUGCAGUGAUAGCGGAGUCCCAGGAUGCUCAGUACAAACUGGAGAUCGUUCCCACCACUACUGUGGAGUUUGUGGAGAGUCUAACCUUCCUGGACGAGAUUCAAGAUAGGAUUGAUGGCCUGGAUGAAGAGGCCAGUAUUGUGACAGAGAUGUACAACCUGAUAGAGAAAUACAAGGUGCCGACACCACCCGAGGACUUUGCUGUGUACCAGACUCUACGCUCGACUGUUUCAGGAGUGCGGAACUGCAUAGACAAGGCAGUGAGUGAGAGAGACGCCAACAUCGACAAGUUCUGUACUCACAUGGACAAGGACAUCGCAGAGCUCGGCAAGGAAGUCCGCACAGUCAAAUCAGAAGCACAGGAUCCAAAUAUCCUAGACAUCAACUCAGACAAGGAGAAGACCAUCGUGCGUCUUCAGAACAUGAUGGGUCAGAUGGAAGACCUACAGAAGAGAGCCUUCCAGUACAAGACGUACCAGAAAAACUUCAAGGUUGAAGUAACCAGGUUUGAUGAACUAGAAGAAGCUCAUGCUGAACUGAAACUGAAGCAGUUGUUGUGGGUGUCCAUUGGAGACUGGGACAAGCUACUCAAAGAAUGGUUUGAGAUGGAGUUUGAGGCGAUUGACCCAGAGAACCUGAACCAAGUGGUGACCAAGUACAGCAAGUCUGUGUACCAGCUAGAGAAGGGCCUACCACCCAACACUGUGGUACCCUUUCUCAAGGAGAAGGUCGAGUCUAUGAGGGACAAGGUACCAACCAUCACCAACCUGAGGAACCCAGCCCUGAAGCAGCGACACUGGGACAUCAUUGAGACCAUCCUGAACCACAAGUUCACUGCCGAGGAACCCCUGACCUUGGAGAAGCUGGUCGACCUUGAGGCGUUUGACCAUGAGACUGAACUUGAGGAGGUUUCUGGUCAGGCAUCAGGAGAGGCAGCGCUGGAAACCAUGCUGAAGAAGGUGGAAGACUCGUGGAAAACUACCGAGUUCAUCGUCCUGCCUCAUCGCGACUCUAAAGACGUGUUCAUCCUGGGCGGGACAGACGACAUCCAGGUGGUUCUGGAUGACAGCAUCGUGAACGUGUCCACCAUCGCCAGCUCACGCCACGUUGGACCCAUCAAGCCGCGCGUGGACGAGUGGGACAGAAACCUGCGCCUCUUCAGCGACACACUGGAUGAAUGGCUGACUUGCCAGAGGAACUGGCUCUACCUGGAGUCAAUCUUCAGCGCUCCAGACAUCCAGAGACAACUUCCAGCAGAGGCCAAGAUGUUCAUGACAGUUGACAAGUCAUGGAAAGAAGUGAUGAGGAAAGUCAACCGCCUGCCCAACGCACUGCGCGCCGGCACCCAGCCUGGCCUACUGGAAACCUUCAAGAACAACAACGCACUGUUAGAACAGAUUCAAAAGUGUCUGGAGCAGUACCUGGAGUCUAAGAGAGUGGUGUUCCCCAGGUUCUACUUCUUGUCCAACGAUGAGCUUCUUGAGAUCCUGGCACAGACCAGAAACCCCCACGCCGUGCAGCCUCACCUCAGGAAGUGCUUCGAUGCCAUCGCUCGUCUUGAGUUUGGGAUCCAAGCCGUCACCCCGGGAGACGGGAAGACCACGCCCACUGGGGACAAGGACGAUGAUGGCCCCAAAACUGUCAGCACUAAUGACAUCCUGGCUAUGCUGUCACCUGAGGGGGAGAGGGUGCCGCUGGGCAAGGGUUUGAAGGCACGAGGAAACGUGGAGGAGUGGCUGGGUAAGGUAGAGGAGGCCAUGGUGUCAUCACUCCGCAAACUCACCAAGAGCUCCAUCAACGACUUCACCACACGACCGCGCCACGAGUGGGUCAUUCACCAUGCCUCUCAGGUUGUCCUGAAUGUUUCACAGACCAUGUGGUGUCGUGACCUGACCGAAGCACUGACCUGCGACGGAGACAGACAGAAAGCACUACAGGAACAGGAGGACAAGAACUUUGCACAACUGAACCGAUUGGCUGAGCUGGUCCGAGGUGAACUGCCCAAACUGACCCGUAACAUCCUGGGUGCCCUCAUCACUAUUGAUGUCCACGCCAGGGACAUUGUGACUGAUAUGGUCAAGGCAGAGGUUGACAGUGUGAACAGUUUUGACUGGCAGAAGGUACUGAGGUACUAUUGGGACCUGGACCUGGACAACAGUGUCGUACGCUGCUCUUCUUCCAUGUACAUCUCUGGACACGAGUACCUCGGCGCUUGUCCACGUUUGGUCAUCACGCCUCUCACCGACAAAUGUUACCUGUGUCUGAUGGGAGCGCUACAGUUAGACCUGGGAGGGGCUCCAGCCGGCCCAGCCGGUACAGGCAAGACAGAAUCCACCAAGGAUCUCGCCAAGGCCCUGUCCAAGCAGUGUGUCGUCUUCAACUGCUCUGAAGGUCUGGACUUCAAAAUGAUGGGUCGGUUCUUCUCUGGUCUGGCCCAGUCCGGUGCCUGGUGCUGUUUUGACGAGUUCAACAGAAUCGACAUCGAGGUGUUGUCUGUGAUCGCACAGCAGCUGCUGACCAUCAGAAAUGCUAAAGCAGCGAAGGUUUCACGCUUCAUGUUUGAGGGGCGUGAGAUCAAACUGGACCCGACGUGCGCUGCCUUCAUCACGAUGAACCCCGGCUACGCAGGCCGUACUGAGCUGCCAGACAACCUCAAGGCCCUCUUCAGACCUUUUGCCAUGAUGGUGCCAGAUUAUGGUCUGAUUGCGGAGGUGAUCCUGUACUCUGAAGGUUUUGAGUCGUCCCGCCCGCUGGCUAAGAAGAUGGUGCAGAUGUACAAGCUGUGUUCUGAGCAGCUGUCCCAGCAGGACCACUACGACUUCGGGAUGAGAGCGGUGAAAUCUGUGUUGGUCAUGGCCGGGUCGCUGAAGCGAGAAAACCCGGACAAACCGGAGGACGUGGUGCUGAUCCGAGCCCUGCGUGACUCCAACCUGCCAAAGUUCCUGAAGAAUGACGCCCAGCUUUUCCAGGCCAUCCUUCAAGACUUGUUCCCAGGUGUGGAGAUCCCAGAGCAUGACUACGGCCAACUGCAGGCUACGAUAGAGGAGUGCAUCGAAGCCCAGAACUGCCAGCCUCUGCCGCCAUUUGUCAAGAAAGUCAUCCAACUGUUUGAGACGAUGCUUGUGCGUCACGGCGUGAUGUUGGUGGGACCGACCGGAGGAGGGAAGACAACGGUCCUGCACACAUUAGGAGAUACGCUGGGGAAACUCAAGGAACUAGACCUGGGCAACCCUCAGUACCAGCCUGUAAGGUUGUACACGCUGAACCCCAAGUCCAUCACUAUGGGUGAGCUGUACGGAGAGGUGGACCCUCUUACACUGGAGUGGAAGGAUGGACUCAUGGGCAUCUGUGUAAGAGAAGCAUCCAGUGACACGAGUGACGACCAUAAGUGGGUGAUCUGUGACGGCCCUGUCGACGCUCUGUGGAUCGAGAACAUGAACACUGUGCUGGACGACAACAAGAUGCUUUGUCUGGCCAACAGCGAGCGGAUCAAACUGUCCCCCUGGAUCCACAUGGUGUUCGAGGUGCAGGACUUGGCUGUGGCUUCACCUGCCACUGUCAGCAGAUGUGGCAUGGUGUAUGUGGACCCUGAUGAACUGAGAUGGAGGCCCUACGUGCAGAAAUGGAUGGCGGAACGUGGGUCAAAGUUCAAAGAGGAGACGCAGGCGUACAUCAUGGAGCUAUUUGACCAGUACGUGGAGAAGGGCCUGCAGUUCGUCAACAAGAAAUGUGUGCAGGCCAUCAAUCAGGUUGACAUCAGUAAGGUGAACACCCUAUGCUGCCUGUUAGAGUCGCUCCUAUUGGUCGGGAAGGAUGUUGACCUGAAGCAGGACCCAGCUAAGCUCCACCCCCUCAUCUGUACCGUGUUUGUGUUCUGUUACCUGUGGUCUGUGGGAGGGAACCUUCUGGAGCAGUUUUUCGAUCCGUUCGAAACCUUCGUGCGACAACAGAUGGAAGACAACCCUGAUGCAAAGCUGUAUGCCGGAGGUGACUUGUGGAGUUGCUUCAUCGAUUUUGACUCCAAGCGGAUGGACAUCUGGGAGAAGAGAGUUCCAGUCUUCAACUACAAUGCCGAGGUUCCCUUCUUUGACAUCCUGGUUCCCACCAUCGAUACGGUCCGCUUCGGUUACCUGCUGGAGAAACUGCUAGCUGUGGGGAGAUCUGUGCUGUACUCGGGGACCACUGGUGUGGGCAAGUCUGUGAUAGCCCGAGCUAUCCUGAAUGACCUGGCAGAACCUAAAGGCUAUGUGCCUGUCACCAUCAACUUCUCAGCACAGACCAGCAGCAAACGCACUCAGGAGAUCGUGGAAGGAAAACUGGAGAAAAAGAGAAAGAACAUCCUCGGUGCACCCGUCAACAAGAAGGUAGUCAUCUUCAUCGAUGACUUGAACAUGCCCAAGUUGGACACUUACGGCUCUCAGCCACCCAUCGAGCUCCUGCGCCAGUACCAGGACUUUGGGGGCUUCUACGACAGAGAGAAACUCUUCUGGAAGGAGAUCAAGGAUGUGACCUUGUGUGCGGCCUGUGCCCCACCUGGUGGAGGUCGUAACCCCGUGACCCCUCGCCUGAUUCGCCACUUCAGCAUGCUCUGUCUACCAUCACCCUCAGAGCACAGCCUCAAGCAUAUCUUCAAGGCCAUCCUGUCAGGGUUCCUGAAGGAUUUCCCUGCUCCUGUGAAGCAGAGUGUGGAGUCUGUAGUGUCGGCGGCUGUGGAGAUCUAUGAACGUCUCAGCACAGACCUCCUCCCGACCCCCGCCAAGUCACACUACGUCUUCAACCUGAGAGAUCUGUCCAAGUGUAUCCAAGGUAUCCUGCAGAGUGAUGCCGGGACCAUCCGUGAGCAGCUGCACAUCUUCAGACUCUUCUGCCACGAGUGUCAGCGUGUCUUCCACGAUCGUCUCAUCAACGAUGAGGACAAACUGUUCUUCAACACCAUCCUGUCAGAAAUGUCAUCCAAGCACUUUGGACAGAACGUUGAACCGGAGACGUUUGUGAACAGCCCCAUCAUCUUUGGCGACUUUAUCAAGAUGGGCGCUCCGGCGAACGACCGCACUUACGAGGAGCUCAGCGACAUGAAGAAACUGAAGAACGUCUUGGGCGACUACUUAGACGACUACAACAUGUCCUCCUCCAAGGAGAUGAAGCUGGUGUUCUUCGUAGACGCCAUCCAGCACGUGUCCCGUAUCGUGCGCAUGAUUCGGCAGGAGCGCGGGAAUGCACUUCUCGUGGGGGUGGGGGGCACGGGGAAACAGUCCCUCACCCGCCUGGCCUGUCACAUCUGUGGAUACAACUGUUUCCAGAUCGAGCUCAGUCGAGGGUACAACUACGACGCCUUCCACGAGGACUUGAAGAAGUUGUACGACAUGGCUGGUCUGAAGGGAGAGAACACCGUCUUCCUCUUCACUGACACCCAGAUCGUGGUGGAAGAGUUCCUUGAAGACAUCAACAACAUCUUGAACUCUGGAGAGGUCCCCAACCUGUUUGAAGCCGAUGAGUUUGAGAAAGUCCUCGCUGGCACACGCCCAAAAGCAAAGGAGGCUGGGAUAUCGGAAGGGGACCGUGACGCCAUCUUCAACUUUUUCAUUGGUCAAGUUCGCAACAACCUGCACAUUGUGCUGUGCAUGAGCCCCGUCGGCGAUGCCUUCCGCUCCCGCUGUCGUAUGUUCCCAUCGCUUGUCAACUGCUGCACCAUCGAUUGGUUCGUCCAGUGGCCACGGGAGGCGCUGCUUUCCGUGUCACAGACAUUCUUUGAGCAGGUGGACCUGGGCUCGGAUGAGAUGAAAGAGAAGAUAUCGGAAAUGUGUAUGGAGAUUCACGUGAGUGUGACUGACAUGUCGGAGAGGUUCUACGCAGAGCUGCGGCGCCGGUACUACACCACUCCCACCAGCUACCUGGAACUCAUCAACCUCUACCUCAGCAUGCUGGGGGAGAAGAAAAAACAACUGGUGACGGCGCGUGAUCGUGUGAAGAACGGUCUGGAGAAGAUCCUGGAGACUAACGAGCUGGUGGCUAACAUGGAGCAAGAGCUCACCCUGCUGGAGCCGGAACUCAAGCAGAAGUCUGAGGACACAGACGCUCUCAUGGAGAAACUCGUGGUCGACCAGGAGAAGGCUGAUCAGGUACGGAGAGUGGUACAGGAAGACGAGGCCGUAGCUCGUGUUAAGGCAGAAGAGACCCAGGCCAUCGCUGAUGAUGCACAGAAGGACCUGGACGAGGCCUUACCGGCACUGGACGCUGCUCAGAAGGCUCUGGACGCCCUGGACAAGUCGGACAUCUCUGAACUCAAGGUGUUCAACAAACCACCAGACAUGGUGAUGACUGUCAUGGAGGCCAUCUGUAUUCUACUCAAAGCAAAGACGGACUGGGCAUCAGCAAAAACCCUUCUUGGUGACCCCAACUUCCUGAAGCGUCUACUGGACUAUGACAAAGACAACAUCCCCAACGUUCUGCUCAAUAAACUGAAGAAAUACAUCGACAAUCCAAACUUUGUGCCAGAGAUUGUGGAGAAGACAUCCAAGGCCUGUAAGUCCAUGUGCAUGUGGGUGCGUGCCAUGGACCUGUACGCCAGGAUUUUCCGCCAAGUGGAGCCCAAGAGGGAACGUCUUAACGCAGCGCAGGCCGAGCUGGACGCUACCAUGGCAACUCUGGCAGAGAAACAGGCAAAGCUGAAGGAAGUAGAGGACCAGAUUGCAGAGCUGCAGGCCUUGUACGAUCACAGCGUGGCUGAGAAAGAUCGACUGGUCAAGCAGAUGUCGCUGACCCAGGCACGACUGAAGCGUGCCGGCAAACUCACCACUGCCCUGGCGGACGAGCAGGACCGUUGGACGAUUAACGUGGCCGAGUUUGAGCGCGACCUGGGGAACGUCGUCGGGAACGUGUUCGUGGCCGCAGCCUGCGUGGCGUACUAUGGCGCCUUCACAAACAUAUACAGACAACAGCUUGUAGAUGGUUGGGCCCAGAGAUGCGAGGAGUUGGAAAUCCCUGUUUCACAGAACCUGUCCCUGUCCAGCGUCAUGGCCGAUCCUUACGAGAUCCGUCAGUGGAACGUGGACGGGCUGCCACGUGACAACGUCUCCAUCGAGAAUGCCAUCAUGGUGACGCGCGGCCGGCGCUGGCCACUCAUGAUCGACCCGCAGGAGCAAGCCAACCGCUGGGUCCGAAACAAGGAGGCGCGAAACGGCCUCAAGAUCAUCAAGCUCACCGACAAAGACUUCCUGCGUACGCUGGAGAACGCCAUCCGGUUGGGCAUGCCCGUGCUACUCGAAGAGCUCGGAGAAUCGCUGGAUCCAGCGCUUGAACCGAUCCUCCUGAAGCAGACCUUCGUACAGGGCGGAAGGCUUCUGAUUCGUCUGGGAGACAGCGACGUGGACUACGACAAGAAUUUCAAGUUCUACAUGACGACCAAGAUGGCCAACCCGCACUACCUACCCGAGGUGUGCAUUAAGGUCACCAUCAUCAACUUCACUGUCACCAAGUCUGGCCUGGAGGAUCAGCUGCUGGGAGAUGUGACUAGUCUGGAGCGGCCUGACCUGGAGGAGCAGAGGAACCAGCUGAUUGUGAGGAUCAACGCCGACAAGAACCAGCUGAAGGCCAUCGAGGACCGCAUCCUCAAACUGCUGUUCCACUCCCAGGGUAACAUCCUGGACGACGAGGAACUCAUCAACACACUCAACGAAAGCAAGGUGACAUCUGGUGUGAUCUCCACCCGGCUGGCAGAAGCAGAGGAGACGGAGGCUAAGAUCACCACGGCGCGAGAGAAGUACCGUCCCGUGUCGGCCCGCGGCUCCACCAUGUACUUCGUGGUGGCGUCCCUGGCAGAGAUCGACCCCAUGUACCAGUUCUCCCUCAAGUACUUCAAACAGCUGUUCAACAUGACCAUCGAACAGAGCGAGAAGAGCAACGACCUAGGAGUGAGGUUGACCACUCUUCUGGAUCAGACCACCAUCGCGAUCUACACCAACGUGUCGCGCGGCCUGUUCGAGGUGCACAAGCUGGUCUUCUCCUUCAUGCUGUGUGCGGAGAUCAUGCGGCAGGAGGGGACCAUCAACGACGUUGAGUGGAACUUCUUCCUGCGCGGCGCCGGCAGCAUGGACCGCACGCGCCCGGAUAAACCCGACGCAGACUGGCUGUCGCCGCACAUCUGGAACAUGUGCUACGACAUGCAUGACCUUGUCCCGGCCUUCAAGGGCCUGACCACCGACAUCACACAGACACCCAUCUGGGUGAAGAUCGGGCGGUUAGAGGUACGCUUGAACCCCAACGAGUGGGACGGGUACGGCCCGGAACCCCCGGCGUACGUCCCACCUGAGGAGGGGCAGGAAGCUGUACACGAGGAGGGCAAGGUCAAGGGUCAUUGGAACGACCGGUUGACGAGCUUCCAGAAGGUCAUCAUGGUGAAGUGUUUUAUGGAGGAGAAGGUUGUCUUCGCUGUGACCGACUUUGUGACGGAGAACCUGGGGAAACAGUUCGUGGAGAGCCCGCCGAUCGACUUGGCUACGCUGUAUCAGGACACGACACCGAGCGUGCCGCUCAUCUUCAUCCUCAGCACGGGUUCGGAUCCCAUGAGCGGCUUCCAGCGGUUUGCACGGGAACGCGGGUUCCUGAACCGCAUCCAGGCCAUCUCGCUGGGACAGGGACAGGGUCCCGUGGCUGAGGCUCUGAUCGCGAAGGGUACGGAGCAGGGCGACUGGGUGUUCCUACAGAACUGCCAUCUGGCGCAGUCCUGGAUGUUACGGAUGGAAGAAACCAUCAAGGACAUGCAGGAGAACGUGGACAAGUUACACCCCGACUUCCGCCUCUACCUGUCCUCCAUGCCUGCCGGACACUUCCCGGUCUCCGUCCUUCAGAACUCGGUCAAGGUCACCAACGAGCCGCCCAAGGGCCUGAGAGCGAACAUGCGGCGUGCGUUCACAGAAAUCACCCCAUCGUUCUUCGAGGAGAACAUCCUGGGACAACAGUGGAGGAAGGCCAUCUUCGGUCUUUGCUUCUUCCACGCCACCAUCUUGGAGCGUAAGAAGUUCGGGCCUCUGGGCUGGAACAUCAAGUACGAGUUCAGUGACAGCGAUCGAGAGUGCGCCCUGCUGAAUCUGCAGAUGUUCUGUUCCGAGGGUUCCAUCCCCUGGGAUGCUCUCUUCUACAUCACCAAGGAGAUUACGUAUGGAGGCCGUGUCACAGAUGUGUGGGACCAGAGAUGUCUGGGUACUGUUCUACAGCGCUUCUUCUCAUCCAAGACUCUAGAGCCUGAGUACAAAUACUCCACAUCAGGAAUCUACUACGCCCCUGAGACAGAGACUCUGCAGUCAUACCGGCAGUACGUGGAGGAUCUGCCCAUCCUGGAUGAUCCUGAGAUUUUCUGCAUGCACGACAACGCCAACAUCUCCUUCCAGGUACAAGAGACAACAGCUCUAGUCAGUACCGUCCUGGAGGUCCAGCCACGGUCGACAGGAGGGGGAGGGGGGAAGUCUGAUGACGACACGGUGUACGAGCUGGCAGAGACCAUCCUGGGGAAGCUGAUGGACAACCUGGACGUGGAGAACGCAGACGCCUCCAUGUUUGAACCAGACAAGAAAGGUCGACUGAACUCGCUGACUACCGUACUGGUACAGGAGGUCGACAGGUUCAACUCUCUACUCAAGGUCAUCAAGAACUCGCUGAAGCAGCUACAGAAGGCCAUCAAGGGUCUGGUUGUGAUGUCAGAACAGUUGGAGAUGGUGUACGUGGCCUUCCUGAACAACCAGGUCCCGGGACUGUGGGCCAAUGCUGCCUACCCCUCACUCAAACCACUGGCCUCAUGGGUACAGGAUCUCAUCUACAGGACUGCCUUUAUUGAUAACUGGAUCCGACAAGGCCUACCAAAGUCUUUCUGGAUCUCUGGGUUUUUCUUCCCACAAGGUUUCCUGACAGGCACACUUCAGAACUAUGCCAGGAGGUAUGACUACCCCAUUGAUGCCCUGAGCUUUCAGUUCAAGGUCCUGACUGCAUACCGAGCACAGGCCGAUGUCUAUGAAGAACAGAAAAACCUACAGUUUGGAGAGGAGAUGGAACUAGACAAGGAGAUUGAUGCCCCAGAAGACGGCGUCCUCGUCCACGGGCUGUUCUUCGACUGCGCUCGCUGGGACGAUGAGAACUGCGUGGUGGGAGACGCGCUGAAGGGCGAGAUGAAUGCCCCGUUACCCAUCAUGCACAUGCAGCCCCGCAUGAACUUCUCUCCUGACACCACCGACUACCCCUGUCCACUCUACAAAACAUCGGCCAGGGCUGGGGUCUUGUCCACUACUGGCCAUUCCACCAACUUUGUUGUCCCCGUCUACCUUCCCUCGAGCCAGCCAGCUGACUACUGGGUCAGUAUGGGAACAGCACUGCUGUGUCAGCUAAACGAGUAGAUUGUGUGCUGUCAGCUUCCUGCCAAACUUUCAGCAAAAAUGUACACUUUUUUGUGGUCGAAGAAUCUUCAUGAUUGGUUCUUUAUAAUUUUGUAAAUAGAAAAAGUGCCUCACAGCUGUUAAAAGUGCCUUAAUUAAAUAUGAAUUCCAUUCCUGGUACAUAGAAUUCUGUUUAUUGUACAAAGAAAGUGCCUGAGUAUUGUGUUAGACAUUUUGAGCCCUUUGUAUAUGUAAUUCAGCACAAUCUAUGUAGAAAGGUAGACCUGUUUUGACUACUUGGGAACUGUGAAGUUGUAUUUUUGUACUUGAAUACAUUUUGUGUUUUGAUUGCAGUCCCACUAUGUAUACAUUCAACUUUUCACAGAUCACAAAUUUCGGAUCUCUUUACAGUAAUAAUAUUGAGAAGCAAGUAUAGAACAGUACAUGUAUUAGUGCCAAGGACUCAUAGUAGAGGAUAUUAAUGUUCUCAUUUUCCAGAGAAAAAUUCUAAAAACAUUAUGUUAAACCCCCAGUCAUAAGCUGGAAGGUGAAGACUAUGCAUUCAAUAUAAAGUGUGCUGCUAUCAGUGUGUUGAUUAUUAUAUUAUUUACACAUUUCAGGCUGUUUGAAGGAUUAUCUUUUGACUGCUGAAACGUUAGUGUUACAUUAAUGUUAGUUUAUGAUGAGUUGUGUGGUGUGUAAUUCUAUUUGGUAUGUAUCAAUUCUGAUUGGUUGUAAAAUAAGCAAAUACAAGUUGAUUUUUGUUGUGAGAAGAGAUAUGAUUGUCAUUUAAUGGUGGUGGGAUUUUGUGUAUAUUUUUGAUGUCAGCAAAAUGAAACAUUUUCCUGUUUUUUUCACACGUGUACUACUGGAACUGGAACACUGAUUUACCUUUUGGUGUUUGUAGAUUUGGUUCAACGUAGCACGUACUUGAUGCUGGACUGUAAAUGGUUUUGAUGAAGAAAAGAAUUCAAUGUACAUGUAUUUUUCUGGUACACAUUUCUUUAUUGCUGCACUGUCAAGUUAUGGUUGAUUAAACUGGGAUACUGUCA